GGAGAAGAAGAAGAAGAAGAAGAAGAAGGAGGACAGAGGACAGAGAAGACGUGAACACACCGGAGAGGAGAUGUUGACUGCUCAGCUCACCUCGAUGACCCGUCCGUCCCGCGUCCACUCAGUUCAGUUGAUCUGUGUCUGACCCGGCCUCCUCGGCUUAACCCGCCCUGCGUGUGUUGACCUGCUGAGCUGGAUCACUAGGCUGGUGGUGACAUGGGGACUUUCGUCUGCCGCACGGCCUUGGACAUACAGGACGCUGCUGCUUCAGUACAGCCCUCCUGAUUGGAAGAGAGCACCAGUAUGGACGCACUCCAUUCCACAGUUUCCCACAAUCCUUAGCUCUCUGAUCUGCAGCUGAGUCUACUGAACCCUGAACUGUGACCAGCGCCAGUCUAUUACUGAACUCCUGUCAGGUGAUCUGUGUCGUGCCAAGAUGAUGUCAGUAGAUGUGACCAAUCGAAAUGGCCCGGCUGCCACGCCUCCCACCUCACUCAGCCUUCGCUCCUCACAUAAUCAGCUACUCAGCAGCGAUGUCAUCAUUCAGGGCUCCGCCACGCCUCCCAAGUGUCGCAAAAAGUAUGCACUCACCAGUAUCCAGACAGCCAUGGGCCUUGGAGAAGCAGUUCCAUCUUCGCCGUCACCAUCAUCUUCCCCGUCACAGUCUUUGACCCCCAACAAUCCCAAGCUAGCCAAGAACGGGGUAAACCAGCUUCGUAAAGCCGGUCAGGACCACAACAAAAACACAACCGGCCCCGACCUGAUAGAUCUGGAGUGUAAUUCAGAGACUAUAGCAGACGACCUCAAUGUCAACACAGCGGAGGAGAACGACAGUCUCACACUGUCCAAUAAUGACCAAGACGAGGAUGUCAUUAAGUCAGAAUUCGAACUGCACCCAGAUGCCAACACUGAAGCAGAGGCAGAGCAGAAAACUGAAUCAGAUGUAGACUGUAACAUUAACACAACCGUGGAGCUCAAACUGAAUGGCAACACAACAGAUUUGGGCUUUGACUUGAACAUUGAGGCAGAGGAGAGUGAUGACAUCAGCAUUUUGUCUGAAAAGGAAAUAAUGUCAAAGAUAAAGAUCGAGGAAGAUGGAGACGAGGACGCGGUGGAGGAGCAGGACGACGAGGAGAAGAAGCCUUUACUGAUGAUAACAAGUGGGUCUCCCGUGAAGAACCACAACGUUCCCGCAGGCAUGGAACUCAUCUCUGACCUCCACUCUAAUAUCAAGCUCCUCAAAUCAGGCAAGGACUCUCCGGUGCCUCCUCCUCCCUCCCCACCACGGCAAGCCAGUCCAGAGGACACACCCCUGCUCUCUGUGGCCUCCUACUCCUCCUCUUCGUCCUCCUCCCCGGAGACGAAGAAGGACAGAAGGACUGGUGCAAAGACGGACUGUGCUUUGAACCGGAUCCAGAAUCUGAACCCCAGCGAUGAAGAGUUGAGUUGGACCACCCUGUCCCAGGAGAGCAACUCCCCAGAAGAGACAGAUAUCUGGAGCGAGCAGUCAUUCCAGACAGACCCUGACCUGCCGCCAGGAUGGAAGAAGAUCACAGACAUGGCCGGUAUCUACUACUGGCACAUUCCUACAGGCACCACCCAGUGGGAGAGGCCUGCCACCCGCCAAGUACCCCCUGGGCAGAUGGAGUCCCAGGUCCUGGGUGACCACGCGGCCUCUACACCACGUAAACCCUCUCUGGGCUCACUGAGCCCCUCACCCACUCCUGACCAUGAGUUGUGCCAGGCAGAGGUUUUCUUCACGGCGUCAACUCGUUCGGGCAGCACCACCUCCGACAGUUCAGUGGAGCCGCUCUCCUCUCAUGAGCCCAUACUCCCCACAUGUGGAUUUGUCAACAGCUGCUACUUCCCUCGUUCCACAUCUCUGCAGGGGGCGUCUGAUCAAGAGUGUCGCGAAGAUGAGGACAAGGUUGGGAAACAGGUGUGGAGUGAUUUUGGCGGAAAGAUUGAUAGUGAGGUGUGGAAGGAUCUGCAGGAAGCCACGGUGAACCCUGACCCAAGUCUGAAGGAGUUUGAGGGUGCUACGCUUCGCUACGCAUCACUCAAGCUGAGGAACCGUCCAUCAGUAGAAGAAGAAGAGUCGAGCAGUGUCAACAGUGACCCAGAAACAAAGUGUUUCGCUGUGCGCUCUCUGGGAUGGGUGGAGAUGGCUGAGGAGGACUUGGCCCCUGGAAAGAGCAGCGUUGCUGUUAAUAACUGUAUCAGACAGCUGUCCUACUGCAAGAAUGACAUCCGAGACACUGUCGGCAUCUGGGGAGAGGGGAAGGACAUGUACCUGGUACUGGAAAAUAAUAUGUUGAACCUGGUUGACCCCAUGGACCGCAGUGUGCUUCACUCUCAGCCAAUUGCAAGUAUCCGGGUCUGGGGCGUUGGCCGGGACAAUGGCAGAGAGAGGGACUUUGCGUAUGUGGCGAGGGACAAAAACACCAGGAUCCUGAAAUGCCAUGUGUUCCGCUGUGACACGCCAGCCAAAGCCAUCGCCACCAGUCUGCAUGAGAUCUGCUCCCGGAUAAUGACAGAGCGAAAGAAUGCCAAAGCGAUGGCAGGAGGUUCUCUCCAGGACAGGAUGCAGGCUGGACUAGAUCUUCCCUUACAAGCAGAGUUUCCCACACCAAAGACGGAGCUGGUUCAGAAGUUCCAGGUGCUCUACCUGGGGAUGAUGCCCGUGGCCAGACCGAUCGGGAUGGAUAUACUGAAUGGAGCUAUAGACAGUCUAGUUGGUUCUUCCAACAGAGACGACUGGACUCCAGUUGCUCUCAACGUGGCAGAUGCUACUGUCACCAUCAGCAAAGACAAGGAUGAAAAAGAAGUGCUGGUGGAGUGUCGUGUGCGCUUCCUUUCCUUCAUGGGCGUCGGGCACGAUGUGCACUCCUUCGCCUUCGUCAUGGACGCAGGCGGGCAUCAUUUUGACUGUCACGUGUUCUGGUGUGAGCCCAAUGCCGGGUGUGUGUCCGAGGCUGUACAGGCGGCUUGUAUGCUGCGGUACCAGAAGUGUCUGGUCGCUCGACCUCCCUCCCAGAAGGCCUGCGGCUCAUCGCCUCCUGGCGACUCUGUGUCCCGUCGGGUUUCAACCAGCGUGAAGAGGGGUGUGCUGUCUCUCAUCGACACCCUCAAACAGAAGAGACCCGUCACCGAUUUGCCACAGUAACCACGGCGAAUCACUACUAACUGCCUGCCACAAACCCCCACUGUCACCGCCGUAAACCAGACGCAUCGCUGCCAAAAAACCUGUCACCACCACAGACCCCAGUUAACCAUUAAAACCAGAGCAAACUGUCACGAUUCCUUCACUUCUCCGGAGCAAAUUGGAAUUUCACCUCAAGAGUCUUAUCAGCUCUCGAGCAGCAAUUCUAGUUGGUCUCCUCAAAAUAACCGAGGGGAAGAAAGACUCUAACCACACAUCGAGAGGGAACAACCACGGGAGUUGAUGUACAUAGAAGUUGUAGAAGUAGGACGCGCUCCUUCAAACACAGCACAGUGUGAUGAGCGAGCUCAUUGGUGCCCAAACUGCUGAUGUCUCCACGCUCUUGUUGUACUUGUGUCCGUGCCUGUGCUGCCAGCAUGACCUUGCACACCUGGCCACCCCCCCACCUUCCCACCUGUUGUUCAGCUGGUUGUCCUGUUAGUCUGCAGUGGCUGUUCAACCGAUCCUGCAUGACCAUUGUUAUUGAAGCGUGAAUCAGUCUAGACAAUAUAAAUUCACUUGAUGCUGCUUUCAAAGAGUGAAGGGGGGAGAAAUCAGAAGCCACUUUGUUGUAUGCUGUCUUCUUUGCUCUCUGUUUCUCAACACUUGUGAGAGAAUCAGCCCGGGUUGGUCGAAAACGAGUGGUGACCCUUCACCCGAAAACAACCCACAUCUGCCUUCUGUUCACAUCGCGUUCUUACUCUUCUGUUAUCCCUCAGAAAGUGACAGAUGAUAGCCAUAACGGAGGAAGAGACGCAGGGAUGAACAUUCUUACUUGCCCCUCUCUCCUUUGCUCCCCUACUUUCUUGGAAAACAGUGCGAGACCACUGCUGCGAACACAGGAGACGUCAGCAUGCUGCUGCUGCUGCUCUUUGAUACACAUGCUGGAGGAAAUUUGACUUUAAAUCCCACCGCAGUAUCAGUCCUCAGAGACUUCAUGUGCACUUUGGGAUUGGCGGCAUGAGAAAGCCUGGAGGAAGAAACGGAAGACUUGAGGAAUGUGUUUUUAUACCUGGGUAUGGUUGUGAUGAUAUUGUCUGAACUGUGAGGAGGGAAGGAGGAGAGAGCGAUUUUUAUCUCCAGCCUUUGACGUUUGAGAGGGAAGACGACAGAGAGACACGCUGACACAAACCAGCAGGACUUUCCUGGGCUGCUAUCGAUCGGUCUCCACGGUUCUGUUCACUUGAAUGCGCCGUCAAUUUUUCUUCUUUUUCAUCGCCUUCUUAGCUACUGUACAUCUGCUUUCGUCAGUGCCACAAGAUCACACUUUCUACUCUGUUUUUUCUCGCUCAAAUCACAGUCACUUCUAGCUCCUCAUCAUCACAUAUCUGACAAGCGUCGCUGGAUGGUAAUAACUGAUGAAGGUUUUUAUUGUAGCUAGAAUCAUCAACACUUUUUUUUUUACCCCCAGCCAGUUCUUUUGGGUAAAGGGGAAGGUAGAUGCUGAACAUGUGGCUGUUUGCCAACACCCCAUCUGUCAAGCUUUGGGUUUAUCUCCAGAUGUAGAAUGGGAUCCGGCAGAAGUAAGAAAGAUGGUUGUCUUUUUUUGUGGCCUUUCCACAUUUCACGAGAGAAACAUGUAUACGCUGUAAUGUAAAUGUAAAACGACACGGCCAGCUAACAUGUAAUACUUACAGUAGUAGGUUAUACAUUAUAUCCAAACGCAAGGAUCAUGUAGAUCAUGGUAGAAGACAUCUUUAAACAUAUUGAUGAAAAAAAUCAUAUCUUCAGUAUGAUAUAAAUUAUAUUAAAACAAAGAGCCAAGUAACUAGAUAGAGAGUAUUAAUUUCUUAAUUAUCAUGCGGUAGAUGGACAAUGUUUUGGUCAUACUGAGUCUGGGGAUUCUGAAAAUACAAUCGGCACAGUGUGUUGUAGAAUCAUCUUCUGGGUUAAUUGUCUGUUAGAGAAACUAAUUGUUGUGUCCGUGACCUGAAUGUGCAAUACGCUAAAGCACGAGAGCCACAAACUGAGGCCAGUCACCUAGGUAACCAUUUGACCUUGGGAGGGUUACACGUCGGGCAUCACACCCCUCCUGUUGGAGUGAUGCUGAGAGUAUAUGAGAGUGGAGUAAUGAAGUAUACUCCCGCAGACAGGCACUGGGAGUUAAUGGUCAGACUGUUACAGCUGAUGAUUGCUGUCCGUGUUAAUAUUAAACUCCACAUUUAAUAUACAAAAGAAGGAACUAGGAGUGUCGUUGAGAUUUAGUAGAGAAAACUCAGCCGCAUCACUUUCUUUUUGUCACGAGGAUGUUGAAAUGUGAAUGAGAUGACUAAACUCUGUUGUGUACAUAGUAUACAGUCAAUGUAACCUUUGGCAUUAAUCAUUGUUAUAAGCUAUCUUUUCAUUUUUGAAUGUCUUCAGUUUUCCAUUAUUUUCUUAAAAUGAAAUGCCUUUUUUUUCUUCUUUUUUUUAAGAACUCACCAAAUGGCCAAAGUGUAAAAUACAGAUAUACGUUGUUGUAGAUAAGAAAAAUACGAGAGCAAAUAAUGAAAACAGGAGAGGCGAUUGGGAAAUAUUUCACAGUUGUCAAUUAAGUUGAUGCCGAAUUUAAUUGAGCAAAUUAUCUAUGCAUUCUUUUGAUCUCAAGAAAUGGAAAGUCGUAAAAAGCCUUGCAUGCCCUUUGACGGUUGAAAGAGCGACUGUAUGUACUGAACAGAAAUAUUUUUUAUUUUAUUUAUUCUAUUUUAUAAAGGUAUAUACUGAUUUUAUUAGUUGAGGCAGGUAAAAUGUCUGGACUCGGUGUCGUUGUCUCAGUCCCUGGUUAACUCACAAUGCUACAACAAGCUCCGCUUUACAGAAAUGGACAGAUAAAGGAAAUAUAUCUUCACCUUGUACAGUGUCCUGAGGGCUGGAGGUCCACUGCUGGUCGGAAGAGGAGGAGGAGGAGGAAGAUGAUGGAAACAGCAGUGGACUCCCGGCAUCUCUGUCAAGCUCACACACAUAAACCACAGCAACAAACACACACUCCAUUUCCCACAGAUGGAUGUGUUGGCUUCUGUUUGCCGCUCACUGAUUUGUACACUUUAUCAAUGUAACCAAUUGUGAGAAUAAACAGCAUUAUAAAACACA